AUGGAUGCACACCCAACAGCAAUUUUGGUGGUUGUUUUGGUGCUGCUUUCUUGGGUUGGGGCAGUGAGUUUCUCUUAUGGAAAUCCAAAUGCCAUCCAUUGUAGGGCAGAGGAAAGGGAAGCCCUUCUCGAGUUCAAAAAAGACUUUAGUCGCAAUGAUUUUCGAAAGCUUAAAAUUCCUGAUUUCUUUGGUUCCCUCGCCUCUCUCACAUAUCUUAAUCUGUCUUUGAUAGGAUUUGGUGGCUCUAUUCCACCUCAGAUUGGGAAUAUUUCAAGUUUGCAUUAUCUUGAUCUUGGCCACAAAUCUUAUGUUGAAAAUUAUAAUGAUUUGUACGUUUCGUCAGAUGAUGUAAGAUGGAUUUCUCAUCUCAUCUCAAUUGAGUUUCUAGACAUGAGUUAUGUGGAUCUCAACCAGGCAUCCAGUAAUUGGCUACUGGUGAUGAGUAUGCUCCCUUCCUUAUCCACUUUACACUUGUUUAAUUGUUUGCUGGGCAACACUCUUCCACUUUCUCAUGUCAAUUUUUCUUCUCUUUCCACCCUUGAUCUCUCAAGUAACCUCUUUGAUUCUUCAAUAUUUGGCUGCCUCUAUGGUCUUCCUUCUCUUCUUUUACUCAGUCUGAGGGACUCCUAUUUCCUAGGGGGUUCAAUCUGUGUCUCUCUCCAAAACAUGACAACACUUCAAAUGCUUGAUCUUUCUUAUUGUGAGCUCAACUUCAUAGUACCAGAAUGGCUGUAUGGCAUGACUAACCUUCAAAGCCUCAAUUUUUUAGGGAACAAGUUUCGAGGUUCAAUUUCAAGUGCCAUUGACAAUCUUACGUCACUCACAGAACUCCAUCUAUAUGAAAAUGACCUUGAAGGAAGAAUCCCAAGAUCCAUGGGAAAUCUUUGUAGUUUAAGAGUUUUAGAUUUGUCAUGGAACCAACUCAAUGGAGAUAUAUUUGAAUUUUUGGGACAUAAUUCAUGCAUCCAGGAGACACUGGAGUCUUUGAAUUUAAGUGGAAAUCACCUAUCAGACCAAUUGUUCAAUCAGUUAGCAAAAUUUAAAACUUUGUCCAAUCUUGAUAUUUCUGUCAACUCCAUUUCUGGUCCAAUUCCUAUGUCUAUAAGGAAAUUGUCAUCGUUAAGGGACUUGGAUACUUCUUCCAACUUUUUCAACGGGAGUAUUCCAGAAAGUCUUGGGAGUUUCUCAAAAUUAGAAACACUGGACAUCAGUAACAAUUCCUUACAGGGCACCAUUUCAGAAGUGCACUUGGUAGAAUUCCUUUUGAGCACCCAAAUCCAAUCCUUUAGUCCACGCAGUUUCAUUGGCAAUCAUGACCUCUGUGGCCCUCCACUUGCAUAUAAUUAUACCAAAAAUGAUGAUCAUGCGGUUCCAAUACCAAAUGGUGGCAUGGAGGGGGAGCAUGAUAUAUGGAUUGACAUGAAGUGGUUUUAUAUGGGCUUGCCAUUUGGAUUUGUGCGUGAGGAUGGAAAAGUAAAGAAAGUGAGGGCCGUGAGAGUGGUGCUAUGUGCGUGCACUAGUGGGUCGCCGAAGCUACUGGCGGCUGUGUACGUGGUCGGAGUAGCUAAAGCAGGUGGCAGCGGUUGGCAGCAAAAGUUGGAGGAUGGCUCGAGUCUGUUGUUUGCUGCUGUUAGGUGGCUCACAGCGAGGACGACAGGGCUGCGAGUUCGCAUCAUGAUUGGUUGCAGGGAACGUGGGCGAAAGGUUGAUGCUUGA